CAUUUUAGCCAAACUCCAUUCCCGAAAUUACCCUCCCAAAAUCCUAUUCUGCCAUUUCUCUGCUUAUCUCAGCCAGUUCCUCGGAAACCGCCGUCCCCCGAGGCUCCAGACGUAAACCGCCACGGAUUCCGACAUGUCCGUCUCCGUCUCAAUUCAUCCCCCCUCUCUCCGGCGCGAUUCAGAUUCCGAACCUUUGAUAGAUUCCAGAUACCGGAAAGGGGAUGGGCCGACAACCACUGUGGAUGAAGAUACUGCCUUCUCCAAUAAAACUACCUUGCGCAAGAAAAGAUAUUCUAUCAACUCCAUGAGAUGCUUUGGAGUGGAAUUAACUCCAGAUAGCAUUGCUGUUGCUAUGGUAUACUUUGUUCAGGGUGUUCUGGGCCUUUCUAGACUUGCAGUCAGUUUCUACUUGAAAGAUGAUCUUCAUCUGGACCCUGCAGAGACAGCUGUCAUAUCUGGUUUCUCAUCAUUACCUUGGCUUGUCAAACCUCUGUACGGGUUCAUCAGUGAUUCCUUCCCACUUUUUGGCUAUAGAAGAAGGUCAUAUUUGGUACUGUCAGGACUUCUAGGAGCUUUCUCAUGGAGUUUGAUGGCUACCUUUGUUGACAGCAAAUAUGGUGUUGCAUUCUGCAUACUUCUUGGUUCUCUUUCUGUAGCAUUUUCAGAUGUUGUUGUGGACUCUAUGGUUGUAGAGAGGGCUCGCGGCGAAUCACAAAGCAUGUCAGGAUCUCUUCAGUCCUUAUGCUGGGGUUCCUCUGCUUUUGGGGGUAUUGUCAGUUCCUACUUCAGUGGAUCCUUGGUGGGUGCCUAUGGUGUCAGGUUUGUCUUUGGACUAACAGCUUUGCUUCCCUUAAUAACAUCUGCAGUAGCAGUUCUAGUAAAAGAGCAGUCAGUGCUCGGCCCUGCAAGGGGACAGAAUAUUUUGUUGGACAGUACUGACUUUCUAGCAAGCUCAGAGAGUAGCAUGGCUCAAUUGUGGGAUGCUGUAAAGCAGCCGAAUGUAUUUCUUCCUACCUUAUUUAUUUUCCUAUGGCAAUCAACACCGCACUCUGAUUCUGCCAUGUUUUAUUUCACUACAAAUAAACUUGGGUUUACCCCAGAGUUUCUAGGACGUGUGAAGCUAGUCACUUCUGUUGCAUCACUGGUUGGUGUUGGAAUUUAUAAUGGUUUCUUGAAAAGUGUUCGUUUGAGGAAGAUAUUUCUGGUGACUACCGUUACUGGUUCAGCUCUUGGGAUGACUCAAGUUUUGCUAGUCACUGGAUUGAACCGGCAGUUUGGUAUAAGCGAUGAGUGGUUUGCGAUCGGUGACUCAAUGAUACUAACAGUUCUUGGACAGGUGUCAUUCAUGCCUGUUCUUGUAUUAGCAGCAAAAAUAUGCCCGGAGGGCAUGGAGGCGACUCUUUUUGCAACCCUGAUGUCCGUAUCAAAUGGUGGGAGUGUCCUCGGGGGUUUGAUGGGAGCUGGACUAACUCAGCUCUUUGGUGUGACAAAGGACAGAUUUGACAAUUUAACCCCUCUCAUAAUACUUUGCAAUCUCAGCUCAUUGCUACCUUUACCACUGCUGGGCCUCCUUCCUGAAGAUAUAGCUGAUGCAGACUCUAAAGAGAGCAGCGACAUUGAAAUGAAAUCCAACUGAACCUGGAAUUUCUACUAUAAGAAAAUGACUGACUAGCUACGAAAAAAAUUAAUGCUAAAAUCAGCAUCGAGCUAACUAGUAAGUAAAAUUCUUACUAAACUCGUUGACAAUCUACAUUAGCAAUGAAUUCAACUAUUUUGCAAUGAAUAUAUGUCGUUGCUAUUAGCGUUAUUUCUUGUAGCGUCCAGAGUUGGGUGGAUUUUGAACGCAUGGUUAGCUAGCUUUAGGAAUAAUCACUGAUAGAGAAAUAGUUGUAUAUAUGAGAAAAUGGUGAUUUAGAAUUGCGAUGUUUAAUCAGUUAGUCCUGAUUGUUGGGCAGUCUCCUGAUUAUCAUAAACCAUGUCGGGAAACAGCACAUUUCUCCAGUUGUAUUCUAUGUAAAAAUUUCUCUUCAAAUUCAGGUACCCUUUGGAUUCA